CUGCUUCUCACCAAUCCCAUAAAGAUAAAGAUGUCUAGCCGUUAUGGUUCUUAUUUACCUUUCCUCCGCCCUCUCCGUCAAACCAAAUCCCAAAGCUCAACUCCAUCUCAGACCUGAGGAAGAAGGAAAAACCCAAACCUUAAUACAAAACACAACAACACACAACAUAUAACACCCAGACAGCCGUGCGCCUAACUCCUCGCUGCCGCCGCCGUCUUCUCACUUCCUCACUUCAGUCCUUCACUCACGUCUUCUAACUUCACAACCACCAACACCAACACCAACCACCCUGGCCGAAAACCAAAACCACACAUAAGCAAGCUAUUUUUACAUCCCCCACGGGAAGACCAACGAACGCCUGCUCCCGCUUCGCACCGACAUGUUCGUUCGUGCUUGCCCUACUCACACCUGCUCCUGCCGCGAACUGGUUCACGCCGCCAGGCUACCUGCAGCUUCAUCUUCCCCGGUCCGCUUCUUCGGAGUGAUCGCGUCGCGCCAGAUCUAGAUUUGUUAUUACCCACGCUUAUAUCUGCCGUCUUCAGCGAGAGAGCCUACUUACCUUGAUUAAUAUCCUCUCACACUCACUCACUCUUUAUCCUCUCACAGUUCCCGAGACCGCGUUUCCUCCUAAGCUCGGAAACCCCGGCAAGCCUUACCGCUUCUCGUCGCCGCCGCCGUCGCUACCGCCGCUGUUCAAAGGAAUCCUGGAUCAGGGCUGCAUGAACCUGUCUCGGACUGUGUUCGCCGAUAUCUGCCGCUUCGCAAGACGAGUUUUUUUCCUUAUAAAGGAGAGCGUCUCUAUCUCGUUUGCUACUUGGAUUUAGAUCUGCUGCUGUGUCUCCUUUUUCUUCGACGGCAAUCUUACUCCUUUUUACUUACUUCGCACCGACUCAUCUCGGGUGCGCGCUGUUGCGAAAGAAACUACUCCUACCGACAUAUUAAUAUCUUUGGGGAUUUCUCUUGGGUCUCAUAAUAUUUACUUACGAGCUGCGAUUGCGACUCUGAAAAUCUAGCACUUAUAAUUUUUUCGAGCAACACUCGACUUCUCACCAUUACCUCUUCAACCGCAAAAGUGGCAUUCUCAACCUACACAACCGUUGAGCCCGGGUUUCAUUCGGCGACCCCAGUCAUCGUCGACGAAGCAUACGAAUCACCGGAGACGGUCACACUCAGAUACGAAGAGGCUUGCGCGGGAGGUCCUAUAGGCAGGUCGGACUCCCUCUCGGGAUUCCUUCCCAUGUCUGCCUUCGGGAAGCCCCCGCCUUCACACCUUCAAGGAUUUGAUGCAUCUCGAUCAUUCUCCGAUCCCGCCUACGCCUACCCUGCUGCGCCACAACAUGCAUCGCAACCCCCCCCUCAUGCAUCGCCGUUCCAAAAUGCACCCGAGAUGGCGCAGGUGAGCUACGGCAGUCAUGCGACGCGCGGUAGUUACGAUGAGCAGCAGGCCGGCUCCUACGCGCCCUUCAACUCUAACCCGACCCCCGCGUCGAUCCGCGUCACGUCGCGUCAACCCCCGCGAGGCCUGCCGGGCUCCAAACUCGACGUCUACGUGGCGUCCGUCUACGAGCUCAUGACGACAAGCCUCGAAUCCAUCUUCCUCAUGUUCGGGCAGCAGAAGUGCCAGGCUUCGCUCAUGCGAUAUGAGCAGCAGAGCAGGGACUACCAGUAUAUCGUCUCGACUGAGGUGCCGCAGAUUGCGGUCGAGGCGUGGGAGUCGGCGGAGAUGCCGCUGUUUCUGCUGAUUGAGAAUGCAGAGGGCGAGCUCAUGGAGAAGGUCGAUGUUGGGCCGUUUACAUAUGAGAGGGGCAGGCUGGGAAGCGAUGCCGAGUCGUUAAAGAGCACUGAGCGGUCGUCGUCGCUGGUGAUGAAGCCACAAGAGGAUUUCUCGACUUACUCAUAUCUGCCUUCGGAUAACUACUCGCCGCAGGUCCAAUAUGGCGCGUAUGAGGGGAUUCACUCCCAGCAGUUUGGGCGUGGGAAUUCCAUGUAUCAACCCUCGCCGCCUGGCAGAGGCAUGUACCAAUAUUCGUCUGGAUCGCCUUCCUCCGCCAUCAAGGCAAGGUCUAAUCAGAUUCCGACGUGGGCUUCUUCGUACAGGAAUGGAAGUUCUGACGGCCACCAUAACCAGGGGAUGCCCGGACGGACAUCGCUCCCGUCGAUCUCGCCGAGCCCACUGUUGGUGAGGACGUCGACGAUUGAUCAGAACAGAAAUAACGCGGGUGUCCCGAUGAACGCAUCUGGGUCUUACUACCACCAGGCGAUGCACCCGCUCGCCGUCAUUCUCAACCUCCACAACGACCUUGAUUCCAUGGGCCGCCUGAACACAUGGUCGACGGAGGAGAUCCAGUCGAGACGGCGAAUCCUGCAAUUCAAGCGCUCGCAGUCCGGCAACACGAUCAACAUCCGCGUCAAGCCCGUGAUGCCCGAGGAGCGCCAACAGCACUCCAUCUGCAUCAGCUGCAUCCUGUGGGAGGACAAGAACCAGUGCUUCGUGACGAGCGUGGACACGAUCUACCUGCUCGAGUACAUCAUGGCGCAGAAGUUCCAGACGGAGGAGAAGAACCGCAUCCGUCGCAACCUGGAGCACUUCAAGCCGCUGACGGUCAAGAAGCCGAUCCCGGAUAAGUAUGACGAGACAAACGCGUUCUUCACGGCGAUCAUGGGGUUCCCGCAGCCGAAACCGAGGAAUAUCGAGAAGGAUAUUAAGGUUUUUGCGUGGAAGAGCUUGUCGAACGCGUUGAGGAAGAUUACGUCAAAAUACUCCGUCAAAUCCGGCUCUUCCCAACCCCAAGCCUCGCUCCCACCCCCAACCCUCCUCACGCCAGCAAGCUCAACUGGCUACGGCGAUAACUCCACAACAGCCUACGGCCAACCCACCGACCGCAACGGCAUGUUCUCCCCCCGCUCCUCCACGCGCUCUAUGUCCGGCGCCUCAACCCACCCACCCCCCUUCGCCGGCAUCCCCGCCCGCCUCAACUCCCCGCCUUACAACCACCUCAACCCCAUCAAAGGCGACAUCAACCACAACAACAGUGCGGCGCCGCCAAACCUCCCCUUAUUCGCCGACAACACCACAACCAACCAUUCCUCCCACGGCGCGGGUACAGGAGCGCAGUGGUCCGCACCAACACAACACCACAUGCCCGCCCCCCUCCAGCAAUACACCCCGCGCUCAUCGUGGGAUCUCACAGCUGCCGCGGCGGGGGGGUACGCGGAUCCCGCGGCGCAGGCGCAGGGGAGUGCGGUGGGUGGGGCUGUUACUGCUGCGGGGGGGAUGCCGAGUGUCUUGCAACGACCGCCGACGACGCAGAUGCCGCUUUCGCCGCUGAGGAGUAGGGGGGGUCUCGAAGAAGUGGGGGCAAAGGAGGAGAGGAGGGGAAGUCUGCAGGCGCUUCGGUCGUAGGUGACUGACGUUCCGGGAUUUGGAUUUGAUCGACCACCACUACGACAGCGUGCGGGACGAUGCGGGUUCGAUUCGCUAUGGUACGACGAUGAAGAUGUGAGAAUUAAAGUCGACAAAACGGUGGUGGUGGGGCGUGUAGUCAUGCGGCCCAGUCAGAUCCCGUUGCUAGCCCACUAGCGUGGUGUGACCGACCAAUCAGAGGGAGUGUGGGUACACCACCCUUCUUGCUGGGGACGGGGGCACGCGCGCGAGCCCUGGAUGCACCCUUGGGGAUUAUAUGGGAGGUAGGGUGGUCUGGGGCGGUCGAUGAGGGGUAGGAGGCUCGUAUCGGGGGUGUGUGCCGGUGGAGAUGCAGAUGCCGGUUGGGGUAUGUGGGUGGGCUUGGCGCUGGGGAGAGGCUUGAGAGGCUUGGGGUGAAGUGUGUGUGUGUGUUUAAAUUCCUUAUUAGAGGAAUGGCGUAUGUAUGGAUGGGCAUAUCAGUGGGAUCGGGGAUCGGAUGGGAUAAUAGGGGGGAGACAGGGAAAGGAUAGGAAGGAAUGGGAAGGCGUUUUGAUUUCUCUUUGGCCUUGGCUUUUUGAGCCUGGCGGUGGGUUUUGGAAUGGAAUGGGAUAUACCGGUAUUCGGAUAACUGGGAUGGGAUGGAGGAGAGUCUGUACUAUCAUAUUACAUCACUGUGCAUUUUGGCGUUUUUCUUGGGUGUGUUCUUUUUGUUUUCUGUGGGUGGGGGGGAUGUGUGUGUUUUUAUGAAUUGGAUCAUGG